GUCUUCUGCUCACCUACCCAACGAACGACCAGUGAAUUUCCUGAAGCGCCGCUUUUCGUUUACUUUCGCAGUCGUGGAAAACAUGCUGGAUUCGCUGGAAUUGCAAGCUUGUGUUCUUCCGCUUUCGUGCUGAUUAGUUGAAGUAACUAGUAGGGAUGAUGCGGUAUGUGUUUGCAGCAUUGCUGGUGACGAUGGUGCAAGCAGAUAUAUUCUCGUCCACCGCCCAUCUACAAAACCUUCUUCACUUAGAGCGGCAUCUUGUGACCACGUUGCACGAUUACAUAGACAAGACGGAAAUGAAACUUUCUCAGGUUAAAAGGUAUUUAAACUUAUUCUACGACUCUUAUCAAGAUGUCCUGGAGGACAAAGUGCCCGUUCCAAGCGACGGCGAAGACAUGGUCGCAAAUCCACUACAAGCCUAUCAGCUGGUCAAGAGACUGGCCGUCGAUUGGAACUUUAUCAGAAGUGCCAUGUCCACUGAUGACUGGUUUCCUGUCCGCAAACUGAUUCGUGACUAUCGUCAAUUGAUGCCUAAUAAAGACGACCUCCAGGGGGCAGCGCUGGCGCUGGUUCGUUUGCAGGACACAUACAAACUGAAUAUGACGGAUGUCGCAAGAGGAGAUGUUCUAGGAGUACCGCAGGGAACCACGCUGACCGCACGUGACCUUUUGUACCUGGGGAAACAGUCCUUCAAUGCCGGCUACUACGCCCACGCCAUUCGCUGGUUGGAGGAGGCCCUCAGCCAGGCUCAUCUCGAGGGUAACAGAACAGCAAGCGUAGCUGAAAUCAAUGCUUUUUAUCAGUCGGCGAUAGAAAUGCACGACAGGCUGUUUGAACUUCCAGACAUCGACCUCAGUGAUUAUGACACUUUUGGAUAUCCGCUGCAUGGAAAUUUGAGCCUUCGCCGUGCGGCAGUUGCUACAGGUCAUCAAAGUGAGCUGGGACCGGAUAUCUCAGUGCAUGACGAGCAGGCCAAUUACAUGGCUUUAUGCAGAGGAGAAAGACUCAGGAGUACAGCUGAAGAGUCCAAACUGUUCUGCCGCACAGAAACACGUAAUCAUCCGUACUUGCUUCUGCGACCGUUAAGAAUCGAAGAGAGGAGUAUUAAGCCUUACGUGGUUGUGUUCCACGACUUGCUAACAGAAAAUCAAACUGAAAUUCUCAGGCUGGUUGCAGAGCCCAAGUUGGCUCGAUCAAUGGUGCAGGCGAGCAAAGGCAGUGAAAUCGUCUCUGUGAGCAGGACCAGCCAGAAUGCGUGGGUGGGCCCCACAGACCACCCUCUGAUGGCUAACGUUUACAGACUGGUGGAAGCCGUGACUGGACUAUCCACUGACGUCGAGCAAGACCAUGCAGAAAUCGUACAAGUAAUUAGAAGCCUCGUUAAGUUCCUUACAUCUUGCUAAUAAUACAUAUUAAGC